UUUUACAUGAUUUAUUGAUUCAUUCAUGGGAGACAAUACAGAUCACAUAACGGAUACUGUUGGGGUUAUUUGUGUAGAUAGCUACGGAAAUGUAGCAUCAGGUGCAUCUAGUGGUGGUAUUGCCCUGAAGGUAGAUGGCCGGGUUGGGUUAGCAGCUAUGUUUGGCUCUGGGUGCUGGGCUUCGUCCAAAGGACCCUUUGGUACACCAUUCGUAGUUGCUUGUUGUGCAACUGGAGCUGGAGAACACUUGAUUAGAGGAUUUGCUGCCAGAGAAAGUUGCAUCUCAUCGUCGUUGUCACAAUCUGGUCCUGCUUCUGCGUGCACUAAAGUUCUCUGCUCUGUGGUUCAAAGCAGCAGCAAUGUGUUCAGGCUGAUGUUGUAAAGGUGGGUGUUUGCAAAUUGCAAUCCCAUCUGCUUAGAUCUUGGAUGAAUAAGCCCCUCCGCUUGUGAGCUGAACCAUGCAUCUAGUGGUGGU